ACAAGCGGCUCCCGUCAGCUCGCCCCAGCGGCAAACUCACUCGCUACCUAGCAACCCAGCAGCAAUGGCGUCGUCGUUGCUGAAGCCACACUCCCACUGCUCCGCUCUGCCGUCCGGUAGAAGCGGCGGCCUACACGGCGGCAGCUGCCCCGCGACUGCGCGCGUAGUGCAGGGGCCAGCCGGGAGGAGGGGCGACGCGCUGAAGGCGAGGGCGUUCCCGCUGGACGUGGUGCCGCUGAUGGUGACGAUGGUGGAGCACGUCGACAACCAGAGGGACUGGGUUGUCACCAAGUCCAUCUGGCAUCUCAGCGACACGGCCAUCAAGAGCUUCUACACGUUCUACGCCAUGUUCACGGUCUGGGGCGUCUGCUUUUUCGCGUCCAUGAAGGAUCCGUUCUACGACAGCGAGCAUUACAGGGGGCAAGGGGGUGAUGGCACGGUGCACUGGUACUACGAUCGGCAAGAGGACAUCGAAGCGACCGCGAGGGGGGAUCUGCUGAGGGAGGAGCUGCUUGAGGAGAUCGAGCAGAGGGUCGGAGGGCUGAGGGAGCUCGAGGACGCGGGAAUGGAGGGGGAGCUCGAGGAAGCCAAGUAGCCGUGAGACCCAAGCGUAUAUAUGCAUGGAUUGGCAAAACAGCUUGCCUUCCUCCGCUGAAGUUGAGUGAAAAGCUUGUACUCUUCAGUCUUCAGUGGCAAAUUGUGCAAUAUACAUUUGUACAAAGUAAGAUAUACAUUCUCCACUAGAAUUGGAGGCACGCCAUUCCUUGCUAUGCCAAUCGAAAUCACAGAUCGAUUAACACCAA